AUGGCCAGAGACAGCAUAGUGACGAUGCUGACUGACACGGAAAUUUCCUGGGCCCUCGCGGUAGGUGCUAUCCUGCUGUCCUACACCGUCUACGGCGCCAUCUACCGGCUGUAUCUCAGCCCGCUGGCCAAAUUUCCAGGCCCCAGACUGGUCGCCUUGACCACCUGGCCUGAGUUCUACUAUGACGUCGUCAAGCAGGGCACGUAUAUCUGGGAAGUCGAGAAGAUGCACCAGAAAUACGGCCCUAUCGUGCGAGUGAGUCCCGACGAGCUUCACUGCAGCGACCCGGCCUUUUACGACACCAUCUACGCCUCGUUACCGCAACGCCGCGACAAGUACGUGAAGUGGACGCAGGCGCCAGAUUGCAACAAUGCCACCGGGUUCACCACCGUGCAUGACCUUCACCGCAUCCGCCGCGAUGCCCUCUCUCCGUUCUUCAGCAUGCGCAAUACAGUCAACCUAGAGGACAACGUACGUGCCUGCGUCGACAAGUUUGUAGCCAAGAUGGCCGAAUACCUCAAGACAGGGGAGCCGUACAGUAUGACGGCCGGCUCGAUUGCCACCACCAUGGAUGUUGUGACGAGCUAUAGCUUUGGCGAACCCUUUGGUCUGUUGGACGACGAGACCCUGGCAUUUCGCUGGCGUGACAGCGUCAUCCACAUUAUGAAAGCGCUCCCCUAUGUGCGCAACUUCCCACAGCUCAUUCACAUCAUGACCUGGGUCCCCGAAUCGCUCGGGGCCAAGCUGCUACCCGAUCUCGCCGUGCUUGUCGGCUGGAAGCAGCGCAUUCGCCAGCAGGUUGCCGACGUGCUUGCCUUCAAGGGUGUGUAUGCGAAGAAGGACCGUGAAAAGAGAACGGUUAUUGAAGAAAUGCGCGACAGCGAGAAACUGCCCGCCCAGGAAAAGACCUUGGUGCGCCUGUCUGAAGAAGCAUCCAUCCUGAUGAUUGCUGGCAGCGAAGCCCCCGCCAAAACACAUACGAUUACAUGGUUCCAUCUCUUGGACAACCCAGCCAAGCUGGCUCGUCUCCGGGCUGAGUUGGCCACGGUAUACGCGGACCCCAAAGCACCGCUUCCAUCUAUCUCAGUGCUCGAAAAGCUGCCGUACCUAUCUGCUGUCAUCCAUGAAGGAUUGCGGUUGCACGGUGGCAUUGUCGGUCGCUCGCCGCGUCUGUCGCCGAACCCGAUGCAAUACAAGGACUACACCAUCCCUCCCCGCACACCUAUCAGCUGCAUGUCCGCUUUCCAGCACCUCAACACCGACACAUUCCCAGAGCCCCGCAAGUUCAUCCCCGAGAGAUGGCUCAUCCGUGACGAAGACACCGACAAGGAAAUCCUCAACACCGAUCUGAAGAAACACCUCGUCUCGUUUGGUCGUGGUACCCGAAACUGCCUCGGCUACAACUUGGGCAUGGCCGAGCUGCGUCUAAUGGUUGCUGCGGUUGCUACACGCGUCGAGCUGGAGCUGUUCGAGACUGAUAUUGACGACGUCGAUUUCAAGCGUGAUUGGAUGAUUCCCCAGGCAAAGCUGGACAGCCAGGGAGUGCGAGUCAAGGUGAAGGCGGUGCACAUUUGA